AUGGCCAGUAGCGACAAUCAGGGCCUGCAAAUUGCGUUGAUCAUCUUUGUCAUUUUGACUUUGGUCCUCAGCGUGACGACCUUCCUGUUUUUUCGUAGUUACGAACAAGCCUCGCUCGAAGCCCAGGCAAACCUUGAACGGGCGAACGAGUUUCAGUCUGCCAACAGUCGCACGCUCGACGCCAACAACAAGCUGAAAGACUUCAUCGGCUUGAACCCAGGGCAGGAUAUCGAUGCCGUUCAAGCGAACUACAACGAAGACGUCGAGAAGUACAUGAGCGCCUUCCCCGAAGACAAGCGGCGCUAUCGCGAUGCAUUGGUUUACAUGAGCGACGUGAUGCAGCAGAACGAUACGAAUCUGGCUGCAGAAAUCGAGAAGGUUGAAAACCUGAACCGUCGCAUCGAACAAGCAGAGAAGGACAAGAACCAGCAAAUCCAAACGCAUCAAGACUCGGCUCAAAAGUCGACCACCGAUUUGGCCCAGGAACGAGCCAACUUCAACGAGUUGCGCAAUCAAAUGAAACGGGACGGCGAACAGUUGCUCGCCACAAAGCAGCAGUUGCAGCAAAACCUCGACGAGUCGACCGCCCAGGCCGCUGCCGACAUCGAACGUCUCACGAGCGAUUUGCGAGAGAACAAUCUGGUUAAAGAUCGUUUGAAAGAACAGCGAGAUCAGUUGCUAGAUCCUGUGUUCAAAGUUGCCGACGGAAAGAUCGCCCGGGUAAAUCAACACACCGGCACCGUGUGGCUCACCAUUGGUCGGGCCGACUUGCUGAAGCGGCAAACCACGUUCAGCGUCUAUUCCGCCGAUGCGGCCGAUGUGGCCGAUCCGCCGAGCAAGGGUAAGAUUGAAGUGAUCAGUAUUCUCGACGAUCACUUGGCCGAAGCUCGCAUUCUGGAAGAUGACAUCACCGACCCAAUUUUGAUGGGCGACCUGAUCUACACGCCCGUGUGGACGCCGGGCCGUGCCGAGCGAUUCGCGUUGGCCGGUUUCAUGGACUUGGACGAUGACACGCGUGACGAUCGCCACAUCGUUCGCAAUCUAAUCACCCGCAGUGGCGGGAUAGUCGACGCCGAGUUGAAUGAAGCAGGCGAGAUCGAAGGUGAGAUGACCCCAGAUACCCGAUUCCUGGUACUCGGUUCUCAACCCGAGGGUGACUUGGCCGGCUUUUCGGCCAUUCAAAAACGAGCGAAAGAGUUGGGCAUCGAUGAGAUCAAGCUGGAUGUAUUCCUCGAUCACAUCGGCUUCACGAACCCCCGCCGUGUGUUCCGGUUCGGCGAAACUCCUGGCGGACAGUAUCCGGUUGAUCUGCCGGAUGGGUUCCCCAACGUUUCUCGUGGUCGACCCUCGGGAUCCUUCAUGGAUCGGGUUCCACGUGCUCGCACGAUUCAGCCCGAGGUCGAACGCGAUCCGAAUGAGCCCAGCAGUGCUUACGACGAAGAAGUUCGACCUGCGGGUCGUUUUACCUCGCUCUUUUGUGAAGACUUUCUCGCCGGCUUUGUGGAACUCUCUGGUCCUUCGGCCGUGAGUUCGCCGAAGAGCUGUUCGCGAAGCGCCAUGGGCCAGGCAUAG